AGCCUUUCCAGGGUCUCCCAACCCACCUCCCUCCCUCUAUUCCCAAACUAAACAUUUCCAGUGGAAUUAGCAAAUUAAUUGCAACUUUAACAUGUGGAAAAGCCCACGUAGGACUUAACUAGACCUGUUUCUGUUUAGUGUUUGGCUUUCAGCCUUUCUCCGCCUCCUGUGUAUCGGGAAAGAUGUGAGGUCAGGUUUCGUCCCAGCACUUGCUGAACCACCCAUCCCCUGCAUUUCCCUCAGCCCUUGGUGGAGCGAGCAGCCCGGCUCUGUCACACGCACGGUCCCAGAGAAAACAAUUAUGAACUUCUUCGCUCGCAUGUUUGCUGGUUCCAGAGUUCCAGAUAGUAUCGUGAGGGAGUAUACGUCCAUCAAGUUUCUGUGGUCAAAGAGCCUCCCUGGACAUGAGGACAUCUUUGAGGAGGUGUCAGAGAGUAAGCUGCAGCCUGGGGACAUCUUGCUCUUCCCUGAGAGCAAUGCUAACUUCAUCAGCAGGGCCCUGUUCAAACAUGGAGCCGUCUACUGCUGGGAUGGAGAGGUCAUUCACUUCCAGAGUGCAGACAGGGGACACAUUGGUCUGAUCAGCAAACAAGGCUUUGAGGCCCUGAAAAGGGAAAGGGGGGAAUGCCACAUUUACCGGAAAAAAGGUGGGGUUGAUCUCAAUGACUUGUGGAGUAAAGUCAGGAUGGACAGCGAAGCUGAGUAUUCUCUCUGCACAAACAACUGCAUCCACUUCGCUCUCUCGCUCCUGGGCCUGGAGAAGUUCUACUCAGAACUGGUGCAAAUCCAAGAUGAAGAUGACAGCUGCUCCACUGGGGCGCUGCCAGCGCUUCGAGGGCACCCAUCUGCACGGGCUGGGAAGGGCAGGGACUCAGGGGACAGUCCCAGCUUUCCAGGACACUUGUAGCCCACCCCCUCCAGAGGAGCAGCGGAGCAGCCACACGGCGUGAGGGGUGGCAGCCCCGUGUCCCCCAAGGACGAACCCCUGACCCACAGAGGAGCCUCAGCAUCGCCCCGCGCACCCCAACAACUUCCCAGGGAUGGAGCUUUUCUUUGGGAGGGUGGGGGACAUUGCUUUCUGCUUCCUGGAGCCUAAUUGCCAUGGACUCAUCGGAUGUUUUAUUAAAACUUUACUACCUGAAA